CCUAGAAUCCCUCUUCUCCUCCAUCACAGUGAUGUAGAGUCCUGAGCAUGGGGAAACACCUUUCCCACUGCCAGGAACACACACACACUUACUUAGUGGACACACACUUCUCCUCUGUGAGCUUUUGGACAUACACACUUCUACUCACAGAGCGUUUGAUGGUGAGAAGAGCCUGGACACCAAGAAGCACAUACCAUACUGGUUCUUCAGACUUCAUUGUUUCUCCUGAACUCAGCCCUGGGCCUGGUAGAGAGGAGAGAGAGAGGAGGAGAGAGAACUCUCAUCACCAGAUCUUCAGGAUGGAUAAAACGUGGACAACUGUGCCACCGUGUGUAUCGUGGAAGAGGCCGUAGAACAGACCCUGGCGAAACCUGACUCCUGUGGUGGGGGGGUGUGCUCGGGGCGAUGCGGUGCCCCACCCUGCUGGCCCUGCUGGCAGGGGUCAUGCUAUACCUGGUGAUAGGGGCGCUGGUGUUCCGGACCCUGGAAAGCCCCCAGGAGAGCAAGGAGCACGAGAAGCUGCUCCGUACCACACGUGACUUCCUCCAAAACCACUCCUGUGUCACCGCACAGAACCUCAGCGAUCUCAUCAUGAGUGUGGUGAAGGCGGUGGAGGCGGGCCUGGAUGUCAAACACAGCUCCACCAACUUCACUAGCAGGUGGGACCUGGCCAGCGCCUUCUUCUUCUGUGGUACCAUCAUCACCACCAUCGGGUUUGGCAACCUGUCUCCCAGGACCAAAUGGGGCCAGCUGUUCUGCGUGUGUUAUGCCCUGGUAGGGAUCCCUAUGUUUGGUUUCCUGCUGGCUGGUGUCGGGGACCACAUGGGGACGGGGCUGAGGAAGGCCGUGUGGAAGAUGGAGACACUCUUCCUGAAGCGGCGGGUCAGUCCCACUUAUGUGCGGGUCAUGUCUGCUGUUCUGUCCAUCCUGAUUGGCUGUCUGAUCUUUCUCGCCGUGCCAACGCUGGUGUUUAAGGAAGUGGAGGACUGGUCCUUUCUGGAGGCGCUCUACUUUGUGGUCAUCACCCUGACCACGGUCGGCUUCGGAGACUAUGUAGCAGGUGCUAACCGGCGGGACGGAGAUCUGUUUAAGCCCCUGGUGUGGCUCUGGAUAGUGUUUGGCCUGGCUUACUUUGCUUCCAUACUCACCAUGAUCGGGAACUGGCUGCGGGUGCUGUCCAAGAAAACACGUGCUGAGAUGGAGGAGUUGAGGGCCCAUGCUACAGACUGGACACAGAACAUCCAGAACAUGUCCAUGGACUUCCGGAUCCCCAACCCUCUGGAACUCAACGACCCCUUCCUGCUGCAGCGGCGCCGCUGGAGACGCAGCACCCGGCAACGGGUCCGCAGGGGGGCGCUGGGGCACCGCGGCAGGCAGGGCGUCAUAGGAGAGAACGGACAUCUGCCUAAUAGGUGGGUCACACGCUCCAUGACCCGUCUGGAGGUCGUGAGGUUAGGGGGGGGUGAGGUUAGGACUGAAGGGGUGAGGUUAGGACCAGGGAUGGGGCUAGGGGUAGGUUUGAGGGCAGAUUGCAGGGUCAAUGCGAGGUCAGAGGGCCGGACGGUUGCGAGGUCACUGUCGAUGCCUUCGGCGCGCUCCGUGAUGGAGUUAGACUAUGACCCUGAUCCUGUUGCGAUAAUGAUGAUGCCAUGGGAGUCGGGUUCUGUGUCCGAGUCUCCAGAGUCUGACUCCAGAUCAGUUGUCUCCUCCUCUGACUCUCACACCUCUGACAUGUGUAUGCCAGUGCGGAGGAUGCCUUUGGCUAGUUUUGACCCCAGUGGGUCUCUCUGUACUGAACAGAGGGGACGCCAUGGAGGAUCCAGGCUGGUAUAUUUCAGGGAGGACGUCCGGUUCCCUGUGCCUCUCCAGCAACUCCCCAAGUCACCCAACUCCACCAUGCUGCUCCCCAUGCCCCCUUUGCCCACCCCGUCAGGCUGCAAGAUGCUAGAUUUCUUCGGGGAGAACUUGGCCUACAUCGACGAGUCAUCGGACACGCUAAGUGACCGGAACCAGACGGUUGAGGGAGGUGUCAGUCCUCGUCCCCGGAUACACCGCAUGAGGAGGCAGCUGAAGGAGAGGAGGGACAGCGACAUGCAGCCCCCCUCUAACCCGCCUACUCCUCCCCCUCUUUCCCAUCUCAGAGACUGACACCGUGACAUGCAGCCCCCCUCUAACCAGCCUACUCCUCCCCCUCUUUCCCAUCUCAGAGACUGACACCGUGACAUGCAGCCCCCCUCUAACCAGCCUACUCCUCCCCCUCUUUCCCAUCUCAGAGACUGACACCGUGACAUGCAGUCCCCUCCUUUAACCCCCCACCCCUCCCCCAUCUCAGAGACUGACACCGUGACAUGCAGUCCCCUCCUCUAACCCCCCACCCCUCCCCCAUCUCAGAGACUGAACAAACUGACAGACACAGGUCCUGAAGGAGGAUACUAAGGCUGGUCUUUAUUACUAGUGUUCAAAGGAGAAGCAGACCUUAAAGCUCAGAUGGACUUAUCUACUGGAGAUCAAUGUGGACCAGGCCAACCAUUUAUUAGAUCUCACUGACUGAGGACCACAGUCACCAUUGAGAAAUAUUUGUAUGAAAACCAAUGAAUGUAUUCAGCAGCACAGGUAUAGAAUAUAUAAACUGUCUCAGCUCAGUGAAGUCAGACUCACUGGGUUGAGAAAUAGUACCAAGGGUAGUACAACAGCUCCUCUGCAUAGGUGUAGAGGCUGCUGUCCUGUCUGCUACUGGAGCUCAGCCCAAACCUCAGACACCGUUUUUAAAUGACACUAAAGUGGAUGGACUUUUUUUAAUAACCAUUUAGAUCUGGUGUCAGAGAUCCAUGUCCCUGUAUAUCCAAUGUCCUUCAGCAUGUGGGAUAUUCAGUACUCUGCUUGUAUAGCUUGUUUGUUUUGACGCUCUUCUGUUGCCCUGAAUGUGUAUGUGCCAAACUGGUAUUUAAAAUAUAAUUGUGCUUUUCUAAAUAAAGAAAAGUCCUAUACAAACCUACAAUACUGUAGGUUUGAUAGACUGAUGAGAUAACAACAUGAUAUACUGUGUAGAGAGGCCUUGGGGAGAGGUGUGGGUGGGGCUAGAAGGGAUGUCAGAUUGUAUGUGCACAUACUACACACUCAAGCACGCACACACACACACACACACACUACACACCGUUUCAAAGGCACUCACCCAGACACACACACUCAGACACCCAGAGUAGUGUUACUUUGGGAUAAGUGCAGGUUGAAUAUAGUAAGGGGUGGUUAGGUGGAAAGGACUAACAGAUGCUGGGCUGGUUUACAGCCGGGGACGGAGGGGUGGGACCUCACCACACCUCUGUCCUGCAGCCUGCCAGCCACUCAGGGGUCUACCCCCCUCACGUCCUCUCACCCCUCCUUCCCCUUUACAGAGAGGCCACACGUCCUUUUCCCAGAGAGGCUGGACAGGGACGGGCGGGGCCCCAGAAAGGCUCACAGGGACUGGGGGAGGAGAAGAGGGUUAAUGGGGGUACAGUCUGGUUACUAUGUCCGACUCUCUAGGCACUAUCUAUUUUUCAUCACCUUUCUGUGUUUGGCGCAUAAAGCAGACCGACUUGGCAGCCGAACAGACCCCACUCUGUUUCUCUCUAGGUUCAGUGUCAACCACAGCAGUACACAGAGCCUAGAUAUAAACAUACAGAACACUGCAGUCUCUCUCUCAAACCACUGAAAUACCAGAAGGCCUAAAUAUAAUUUGAGUUCCAGGGUGGAUGUAUUUAGAGUUUUUAUGCAUCUUAUCAAAAGUGGUUAACGUGGCCAAACUUUGAUUUGUGUGACUGGAUCAAUGUUAUCAAUAUGACCUUAACAUGUUAUACAAACAGCAAUCAAGUAAGAAGUAAAUGACAAAUAAAUAAAAAGUGUGGUUACAGCUGUGCAAAGCCCUACCAUGCCAGACCUAAUAGUUACACAUUUGCUAAGGCUACAAAAUGGCUACCACCGUCCAAUGUGGAUGUGUUCCAAAUUGGGCCUAUCAGCCCAUGUCUCUCCUUUGAAAACCUCCUUUCUGUUUCAUUCCUCCUCUCCUCUCACCACAAACCCUGAACGGGUUUAAAUCUGGCAUUCCGUGAGUGGUCGCUCUGGAAAUCUUUCACAUCCUGUUUACGCCAGCAGAUUUCAGCCCUUACCGCAGAGAGCUGGCUAGAGGCCUCUACUGCCUGGACACACAACCUCACUCUGUCCUUUAUUUUGCUUCCCGUCUCAUAUUUCUCGCUCUUUCUCCUUCUCUGUCCUCUCCUCACUCCCCUCUCUCGCGCUGUCAUUUUCUCUUCUCUCUCUCAGCCUCUUUCUCUUCUAUCCUCUCUCAGCCUCUUUCUCUCUCCAUCUCCUUCUCUCCCUCUUUCAGCCCAAAGGAAAACUAGCUCACAUCAACAGUUCACAUCAAAAUCGUCUCCCUUUAGGAAAUGCACACAGAUCUCUGCCUAAAGCUACUUGGUGGAGUUCACAUAAUCUUAUGCAACAAGCACACAUUGUAUUUCCAACCAAAACACUUUAAUAUCAGAUUUUGAAAAUGUGAAAUAAAGUUUAAUAAAGCUAUUUCAAUUAAUAAGAUAUUUACAGUAUUUUUGACCUUAUGAAAGUGGGGAAAAGACCCAGAGUUGAAGACAAUUUCUCAGUUUCAUACUUGUGAGAUUUGAAAAGAAACCAGCCUGUGCCAGACUCCGACUGGAAGUGAAAUGAAGGGUUGAAUAUAUAGACAGAGAGGGUCAGUCUGUCCUUUUUGCUUGAGGAGCACAAGUAGUCGUUGUUUUGUCCAGCUCUUUUCCUCCUCCUUCCCCCUCUCCCGUCGCUGGGCCCCUGCGUCAGCGGCACUUGCAGGACCUGACCACCAUGUUGGAGAGCUGCUCUACCUUGGGCGUUCGGCCCAUGAAGUACACGAUGGUCAGAGGCUCCAGGUCCUGAGGUACGCAGCACGGAGAUGCCGACGCCUCAGGGUUCAGCUUGUUAUACAGUGGCAGGAUCUGUGUGUGUGUGAGAGAUAGAGAACAUGAAAUAUCACAAAAACACUACUUAAAGAGAGAGUUCAACCAAAUUACAAAAUGACACAUUGGUGUCCUUACCUUGAACAGGUAUGAAAGUGAUCCAUGCUUUGGUUUAGUUUCUCUGGCACUGUUUCCUUC